UCCCCGGCAUCGUAGGACCAUUACUGACAUCACACGCCGGACUCUUUGUUACCGAUUUCCCCCACGCCGAAUUGUACCGAAACAAUGUCGUCAACGAUGGCUGAUUCAAACCCCCUCGCCUUCCUUUCCGACAACCCGAUAUCCGCUGCCCUCGGCUCUCUGCAAGGCUCGUUCCGGGAACGGAGGCAGGCUUUGGGACUGAAGAACCCCGGCACCGUCGAGAACGUUUCGCGAGAGGUUCUGAAGGAUGUGUUUUUGAACAACCACACGUUUUCGGGCAUGCGGGCGGAUUUGAUGAAGAGCUUCAGCAUGAACCCAGUGUUCCAGAUUUCGCAUGCUUUCACCAUGGGUGCCCAGGGAAUGCCGCCCUACACGUUUGCCGCCGUCUUUGGAAACGAUAAGACUUUCAUGCAAGCCACCGUCGACAAUGACGGCCAAGUGGGCGGUCGCUUCAACUACAGAUGGCUCCCAGGUGUGAUCUCGAAGACCAAUGUGCAGCUCGCCCCCGGCAGCACCCCUGGCCAGUCGGUCUUUACCACUGACGUCGACUACACCGGCGCCGACUUCUCCGGCUCGAUCAAAGCAUUCAACCCCUCGCUUCUCGACGGCGCCUUGACUGGUAUCUUCAUUGGCUCCUAUCUCCAGGCCAUUACCCCACGACUCUCGCUCGGUCUCGAAUCGGUUUGGCAGCGUCCCGCCGCGUCACACGGCCCCGAGACCGCCUUGUCAUAUGUCGCGCGAUACGUAUCGGACGACUGGGUUGCGUCAAUGCAAUUCCAGGGUCAGGGAGCUCUACAGGCAACUUUCUACAAGAAGAUUGCAGACCGAGUGGAGGCUGGUGUUGACUGCCAGCUGACGUUCGCCGGAGGAAUGGCACGGGGCGGUGGAGGUGGAAUGAUGGGCGGUGUGCGAAGAGAGGGCAUCACCACUCUUGGUGUUAAAUAUGAUUUCCGGAACUCUACUUUCCGCGCCCAGGUGGAUUCGCAGGGAAAGCUGAGCUGCCUGCUCGAGAAGCGGGUUGCACCCGCUGUCACUCUGACCUUCUCGGCUGACAUGGACCACGGCAAGAAUGCUGCCAAGGUUGGUCUUGGUGUGUCGGUCGAGGCUGCUCCCGAGGACCUGAUGGAGAUGCAAGAAAGGGCUGCGGCCGCAGGCGAAGUGCCCAGCACUCCCUCCAUGCCCUUCUAAAUGUUUGCAUAACGUGCCACUCUAAAAAGAAAUGUCUACACCUCGUACCUUCCAUCAUCAAUCCAUAUACCACAUCCACUUAUGACAUGCGGGGGGACGA